UUUUCUUUUAUUUUAUUCUUUUAUUUGUGUUUUUAACAUUUUAUUCCUCACACUCUAAGCGCUCUUUUUGUUAUAUUUUCCAUUAAUGUUUUUUUUAAACCUGUUUUCUUCCAGAAAACUUUGUGCAAGAAACUGUAAUUUGUUUAUUUUGAGCAGUCUUAUGAUUUUCUUUAGGUGUUUCUUUUAAUUUGUUGGGGAUUUUGUACUUAGUGCCGACGAAAUGGGGUUUUUUUUUGUUUUUUCAAUUUAUUGCGUAGUUUAUCCAGAAUACAUGUUUUCUCACUACUUUCUACUUUUUCCUGUCCAAAUCCAUUUUAUCUUUGUUUUUGUCCCAUUUGAUCUUUAUAUAACCUUUCACCGUUCCUUCAAUGGAUUGGGAUUUUAAAAUGCUAUCCUUUUGACCGUCCAACAUGCGAUCUUUUCCUCUUCUUUCACAUUAUCGGAUUAUCUUUUAUCUUCAGGUUCCCAAAAGGCAUUCUUCUUUUGACUACGUUGUAAUUCAGGUGUGAUUGAGGAUGAAGUAUGUUUUGGUAUCUGGAGGUGUGGUUAGUGGACUCGGAAAGGGUGUUACGGCGAGCAGCAUCGGUCUGGUUUUGAAAGCAUGUGGCCUUCGAGUCACUUCAAUAAAGAUAGAUCCAUAUCUGAAUACUGAUGCAGGAACCAUGUCUCCUUUUGAACAUGGGGAGGUGUUUGUCCUAGAUGAUGGUGGUGAGGUUGACCUGGACCUUGGAAAUUAUGAGCGGUUUCUUGAUGUCAAGUUGACUCGGGACAAUAACAUAACCACUGGGAAGAUAUACCAGUCUGUUAUAGACAAAGAAAGGAAAGGGGAUUAUUUGGGGAAAACUGUCCAGGUGAUUCCUCACAUUACAGAUGCCAUUCAGGAGUGGAUCGAACGUGUAGCUAUGAUUCCUGUGGAUGGGAAAGAAGGGCCUGCAGAUGUUUGUGUCAUAGAAUUGGGUGGCACAGUUGGUGAUAUUGAGUCUAUGCCAUUCGUUGAAGCCCUGCGCCAGUUCUCUUAUCGUGUUGGACCCGGUAACUUUUGCCUUGUUCAUGUCAGUCUUGUACCUGUCUUAAAUGUUGUUGGUGAACAGAAAACAAAACCCACUCAGCAUAGUGUUCGGGAGCUCAGAGGAUUGGGAUUGACGCCAAACAUCUUAGCUUGCCGCAGUGCUACAGCCCUGGAAGACAAUGUGAAGGAAAAACUUUCUCAAUUUUGCCAUGUUCCGUCAGCAAACAUCUUUACGCUUUAUGAUGUUUCAAACAUUUGGCACAUACCAUUGCUUUUAAGAGAUCAGAGAGCACAUGAAGCAAUUUUGAAAGGGCUGAACCUCUUGGGGGUCGCUAGACAACCUGUAUUGGAUGAAUGGACUGCUAGGGCCAAACUUUGUGACAACCUGACCACUCCGGUCAGAAUUGCAAUGGUUGGUAAAUACACGGGAUUGGCUGAUUCAUAUCUCUCUGUCUUGAAGGCCCUGUUGCAUGCUUCAAUUUCAUAUUCCAGGAAACUUGAAAUAGAAUGGGUUCCAGCUGCUGACCUUGAAGAUACAGCUGCAAGAGAGAUGCCAAAACGUCAUGUAGAGGCAUGGGAAGGAUUAAAGCGUGCAGAUGGAAUUCUAGUCCCAGGAGGUUUUGGGGACCGAGGGGUGCAAGGGAAGAUCAUUGCUGCAAAAUACGCUCGAGAACAGAAUAUUCCAUACCUUGGCAUUUGCCUAGGAAUGCAAACUGCUGUCAUUGAGUUUUCUCGCUCAGUCCUUGGUCUGCAAGAUGCAAAUAGUACCGAAUUUGAUCCAGACACCACAAGCCCAUGUGUUAUUUUUAUGCCAGAGGGUUCAAAAACUCAUAUGGGAGGUACAAUGCGUCUGGGUUCAAGGAGGACAUAUUUUCAGGUCAAGGACUGCAUCACAGCCGAGUUAUAUGGCUAUGCCAAAUAUGUAGAUGAGAGGCAUCGACAUCGAUAUGAGGUGAAUCCUAAUAUGGUUGAAAUACUUGAAAGUGCCGGUCUAUCUUUUGUCGGUAAAGACGACAGUUGCAGACGAAUGGAGAUCCUUGAGCUCCGUGGUCAUCCUUACUUUGUUGGUGUUCAAUUUCAUCCUGAAUUCAAGUCGAGACCUGGAAGACCUUCUGCAGUUUUCUUAGGUCUUAUUCGAGCAGCAAGCCAUCAGUUGAAAAGUAAUCCGAAAAAUGUGCAGUCUGUCAACAAAAUGCACACGAAGAAUUGUUCAAGCAAUGGAGUGGCAUACUUAGCAAACGGAAGCCCGACUAAACCCUCCACCAAUGGCUCCUUGAAAAGCAGCUUUUACUCAAAUGGCAAUGGCAUACAUCAUUAAUAGAAGACUGGAAGACUGGUAUCAUAUUAUGCAUGCAAUUUUGUGGAGUCUCUCUCUCUCUUUUUUAUUUUCCUUUUUUUUUUUUGGUUCUUCUGGCGGAGUUUGUUUUGUACAGUGUUCGAGAAAUAGAGUUCAUUAGGACUGGUUUCAACCUUAUCUGGGGCUUUUUGACUCGGAUGGGGGUUGCUCUGUUUUUCGAUUUUAUUUUUUUCUCCUGAA